AUGGUGUCCGGCACAACUUUGUCGCCCUUUGAGCGCCUCCCGCACGUGGUUCUCGACAUCAUCUGCGGCUACCUCGACGACGAGUCCGACCAUCGACCCGACUUGUGCGCGUUUUCUCUCACCAGCCACCGCUGCUGUGCGGCGGCGAAAACUCGACGAUUCAACCAACUUGUGCUCGUUGUGCCGAACCUCGACGACCUCGGCGCGAUCUUGGCGGACCUCAGAGCUGUGCUGGGCCACGGCGAGCGCUAUGCCCUGGUGCAUCGAUUGAAAGUAGGGGGCGUUCUGCUCGACGGCGACCAACGCGACCAAAGCGAGCAAAACCACGCCGAAGACGAUGACAAUUUGCAGCUCACCGAGCGCAACUUCGACAGCCCUCCUUUCUGUCACAUUGCACAGCCGUGUCGCUGGAUGCCGCUCUCGUCUCGUCGCGGCCCUGGCAUCCACGACGACGACUGGCUGCCGUUGGCGGCGUUUCUCCGCGAGCUCCCAGCACUGAAGGAUCUUGUCUGGAACGGUAGAGUGCCGCGGAGCGUCCUGGACGCACUGCAUGACGCGAAACGGCCCUGCCGGCUGCACGUGCUGGGAUUUCGUCUCCCGAGCCUUGUGUACGACAGGGAGACUCCUCGCGCCAUCAGCCCGGACGAUUUCGCCCUCGUGACGUCGCCCGCACUCUACAGCAUCCGAGCGCCUCUCUGCCGAUACGAUGUACACGGCGCCUUGGACUACUCGCCCGAGGUCGUGUUCCUGAUGAUGCAGGGGCUGGCUCCGAACCUGGCCAAUGUCUGGCUCGAAACGGAGGUCCUCGGUGCUGGGCUUUCUCUCAACCAAUCCGUUGCACUCGGCCGGCCCGCGUGGCGGGGGUUUUUCUUGGACGGCCCAACAGACGAGGAGACGAAGCUCACAGGCGGCACGGGUUCUCUCCGAAACGUCCUUUGUCAGUACAAUGCCGAGCCCAGCAUCUUCAACGCGCAGAGCAUGGCCAACCUGCGGCGUCUGCAGCUCGACUGGAGCGAGGAGAGGAUCCUGGCCCUCGCCAAUCUUGUCACGGCCGGAAGCCUCCCACGCCUCGACAUGUUGUCGCUCAUGUGUAUUCACUCGUCGACAGGGCCCCACCAAGCAGCCAUCAACCAGAUUUUACGCUACACGAAGCCGCUGCGCUACCUGUGUCUGACGGGCCACGUCACCAGAGAGACGAUGGAGAUUGUGACGCGGCACCACGGCGCCUCGCUGCGCACCCUCUCUCUGCUUCCAUAUGCCGCUGGGUAUUAUGUGACACCACCUGGGGCAUACGACGUGCGCGACCUGUUUGCCUUUUCACGAGACGCUGUCGAGUUGAUGGCGGACCGCUGCCCGCACCUGGAGGAGGUCUACGUCGAGAUACAGCGCACGCGUGGUGACCCCCGUGAGGUGGCCAUCUACCGCGCCCUCGGAAAGUUGACCCGGCUGGAGCGCGUGUUCCUGCGCCUCCGGUGCUCCCUGCCGACCAACGACGACAUGCAGUCGCCCCGGGAACUGGUAACCUACGAGUCGCUCAAGGAGAUAUUCAGCAACCACGCCAUGGACGCGGCGCUCGCGCGGGCCAUUUAUGACGUCGUUUCGCCGCCUGCGGGCCACGGCCCAGGCCGACGCCGGUUGAACUACCUCCGCAUUGAACCGGAGUUUGUGACGGAGGUGCACAUUUUCGACACCCUCUUUUACGACGCCAUGCAUUGUCUCGGGCGGCAGUGGGUGUGCCAGCCAACAAAGGACCAAAACGAUCAAAGUAGCAAUAACAUUGUUGUGCGGGAAUUACAAGCGUGGGAGACGCGAGUCGCACGCGAGGAGUGUUUAGAGGCGGACUGGCCCUUCCCGAGGCAGCACAUUAACAAUUACGAAGCCAUGUUCCAGGACCUCUGGCCUGGCGAUGGACCGCCGUGGGAUUGCUGGACCAGUCUUCCAUUGCAGACGGGCGACGAGGUGUCCGAAUGA